AUGUCAUCCCCAAAGACGAUCGCUUUUUUUGGCGCCACAAUUGGCUGCGGUCUUGCAACAUUGAGCAACGCCCUCGAUGCUGAUACCCGUUGUAUCGCCCUCUGCCGCACACCGAGCAAGCUCGAAGGGCUCUUUUCCGAGGACAAAACAUCCCGUCUGACGAUAGUCGAAGGGAAUGUGCAUGACGUCGAUGCGGUCAAAAAAUGCCUCACAGUCGAUGGCACUCACCUAGUCGACACAAUUAUCUUCUCCAUCGGCAGCCGAUCAAUGAACUACAAACUUGAGCUAGAUGAUCCAAGCAUUUGUAGAAGGGCUAUUGCUACGGUACUGAUUGCCCUUAGCACUACGGGAAUCUCUCAGUUUGGGCCUGAUACCCCUUACAUUGUGGGGCUCCUAUAUUAUUAUCUUCUUUAUUCACCCCACGAAGAUAAAAAAGCGAUGGAGCAGCUUAUUGUAGGAAGUGACGAGGACUUUACCAUUGUGCGAUCGUCCUGGAUGCUGGACGGCGCGACAAACAAGGCGGUCCGAGUCGGCGUGGAAGACCCUAAGAAUGGUCGUGAAUCCGAUGCGAUUGGGUAUUCAAUCACGAGGGAAGAUGUUGGAAAGUGGAUCUUUGAGAACCUCGUCCAAAAUGACAAUGGCCUGUAUGUUAGGAAGAUUGCUACGAUAACACACUAG